CGGCGAUACGGCGGCCAUGGCGCUGACCUUCACCGUGCGCCGGCGCGACCCGGAGCUCGUCGGCCCUGCCGAGCCGACGCCCCGCGAGACCAAGCGCCUGUCCGACAUCGACGGCGUGGAGGGGUUUCGCGUACAGACGCCGUGCAUGUUCUUCUUCCGGGGCCUGCCGCGCGCCGACGCCGGGCCGCCGCCAGCUGGCGUCAUUCGCAGAGCCCUCGCCGAGGCGCUGGUGCCUUACUACCCGCUCGCCGGCCGGCUGCGGGAGGUGGAGGCGCGGAAGCUAGUCGUUGACUGCACCGGCGAGGGGGUGAUGUUCGUCGAGGCUGACGCCGACGUGCGGCUGGUGGAGCUGGAGGCGGCGGGCCUGAGGCCACCGUUCCCAUGCGCGGGCCAGCUUCUGUUCGACGUCCAAGGCUCCGGCGGCUUGUUCAACUGCCCCUUGAUGCUCAUCCAGGUAACCCGGUUGCUCUGCGGCGGCUUCGUCUUGGCGCUCCGCCGCAACCACACCAUCUGCGACGCCAUCGGCCUCGUCCAGUUCCUGUCCGCCGUCGCGGGGCUCGCCCGUGGUCUCCCCGCUCCCACGGUGUCGCCAGCAUGGUCUCGAGAGCUCCUGGAGGUGCGGUGCUCGAGCUCGCCGCUACCCCGCCCCGAGCCGGACGCCGUGCGGCAGCCGCCGCCGCCGCCGCCCGGCGUCACGGUCCUGCGGACGUUCACCUUUGGCCCGGCCGAUGUCGGCGCGAUCCGGAGCGGCCUCCCGCCGGGCCUCCGGGACACCGCCACCAGCUUCGAGGUGCUCACGUCGGCUCUCUGGCGCGCCCGCACAGCCGCGCUCGAGCUCCCGGCGAACAAGGACGUGCGCCUGGUGUUCAUCGCGAACUUCAGGGGCGUGCCCGGGGUGGGCCUUCCCGCCGGCUACUACGGCAACGCGUGCGUGCCCGUGCCCGUGCGGACUACCGUGGAGGCCCUGCUCGCCGGCUCGCUGGGUGACACGGUGGAGCUGGUGCGCGAGGCGAAGGCGACGGUGACCGCCGAGUACGUGCGGUCCGUCGCCGUCGACCUAGGGGUGCUGCGCCGGCGGCCGUACAAGGGCAUGGCGAACGUGUUCAUCGUGUCGGACUGCCGGCGCGCAGGGUUCCACUGCGUCGACUUCGGGUGGGGCGUGCCGGUGUACGGCGGCCCCUCCUCCGCGGUGUUCGGGGUUAGCUUCCUCGUCGCCGUCAGGAACGGUGACGGGGAGAACGCCGCGGCCCUGCCGAUCGUGCUGCCUCGGCCGGCGAUGGAUCGUUUCGCAGUGGAGGUGGAGAGGUUGUUGAAGGAACACACGUUCUAGCAAUGCAAAAAACACCCCUUUAAUAUUUAGAUACUCUCGAAUUGCACUUGUGUGUAGAAUGCUUGUUUGCAGAACUGUUAUUUGUCAUUUGACUUUUCCUUCA